AUGCUUGGAUAUGGAUGGGCUGGAAUUUUCCGAAAGUUUCUUGUUGAUUCUCCUUAUAUGUGGUGGCCUAAUAACCUGAUUCAGGUGUCCCUCUUUAGGGCGUUGCAUGACGUUGAGGUUAGGUCUAAAGGAGGCCUAACAAGGCUGCAGUUCUUCCUUGUGGUAUUCGUAUCAAGUUUCGCAUACUCUAUUGUUCCCAACUAUUUUUUCCCAUCUGUUACUGCUCUCUCCUUCGUUUGUUGGGUAUGGAAGGACUCCGUCACAGCCCAAAUAAUUGGUGCUGGUCGCGGUGGUCUUGGCAUUGGAUCAUUUGCCCUGGAUUGGUCAACUGUAGCUAGCUUUUUACAAUCACCCUUAGCCACCCCUGCAUUUGCUGUAAUUAACAUCAUGGUGGGGUUCGUCAUAGUAGUUUAUAUAUUACUCCCUAUAGCUUACUGGAGUAACUCCUAUGAAGCCAGGAGAUUUCCCAUUAUCUCAUCGCAUGUGUUCACUGAUGAUGGGGAAAAAUAUGAUGUUUCAAGAGUUUUAAAUUACACAACCUUCGAAUUCAAUCAGCAAGGAUACGAUGGCUAUAGCAAAAUAAACUUGAGUGUCUUCUUUGUAUAUUCUUAUGGUCUUAGCUUUGCAACACUGGCUGCUACAAUGUCUCAUGUCGUAAUUUUCCAUGGAAGGACAAUCUGGCAACAAGCGAUAUCAGCAGUCCAGGAUAAGUUUAGCGAUGUCCAUUAUAGAUUGAUGAAGAAAAACUACGAACCUGUCCCACAAUGGUGGUUUUACACACUCUUGACCAUUGUAAUUGGACUUGCCAUGCUUCCUUGUGAAGGCUUUGGCAGACAGUUGCAACUCCCUUACUGGGGAGUCCUUUUGGCAAUCGGCUUGGCUUUGUUCUUCACUCUCCCGAUUGGUGUGAUUAUGGCAACCACUAACCAGCAACUAGGACUAAAUGUCAUUGCUGAGCUGAUUAUCGGUUACAUUUAUUCGGGAAAACCGCUUGCAAAUGUGGUUUUCAAGACCUAUGGUUAUAUAAGCACGGCACAGGCAAUUCUGUUUCUUCAGGACUUCAAACUAGGCCAUUACAUGAAAAUUCCUCCAAAGUCAAUGUUUGUUGUUCAGUUGGUAGGAACUGUAAUUGCAUCUUCCGUCUAUUUUGGCACUGCUUGGUGGCUCCUAACAACAGUGAAGCAUAUCUGCGAUCCAUCUAAAUUGCCAGAAGGAAGCCCAUGGACAUGCCCUGCAGAUGACAUAUUCUACAAUGCCUCCAUCAUUUGGGGUGUGGUUGGACCACUGCGGAUGUUUGGUCGUCUUGGGUUGUACUCUAAGAUGAACUACUUCUUCCUUAUUGGCAUCCUUGCACCAUUCCCUGUGUGGGUACUCUCUCGCAUUUUUCCUGAGCAAAACUGGAUUAAGCUCAUUAACAUGCCGUUAAUUAUAGGAGGCUCAGGGGCUUUGCCAGCAGCCAGGGUUGUAAAUUACUGGUGCUGGGGUGUUGUAGGCAUGUUCUUCAACUUUGUCGUCUAUAGGAGAUUCAAAGGCUGGUGGGCGCGGCACAACUACAUUCUGUCGGCUGGGUUAGAUGCUGGGGUAGCUUUCAUGGCCAUCCUUUGCUAUUUCACAUUACAAAUGAGCGGUAUUAAUGGACCUAGCUGGUGGGGUGCCCAAUUAGAUGAUCACUGCCCCCUGGCAAGUUGCCCUACUGCUCCUGGCAUUGAAGUUGAAGGUUGCCCAGUUUUCCAAUACUGACAAGUUGCUCCUUGCAAUGGGUUCUUCCGGCUGUAAUUGACAUAGUGAGUAGUUUAUAUUAAAUACUCUCUCCUAGACAAAGGUACUAAACAUGGACCUUAAGUGUGGUCUGAUAUAUGAGAUAAUAAUGUAGGAGCGGAUACAUUUAGACCUUGUUAUCCAUGUUGCUUUCAAUAUUAGUCCUUUCAAAGGCGAGCAUAUAAAUUUUGAAUCACAAAUUUACAUGUAUCUCUACACAAAAGGUAAAUGGCAUUUCGGGCUUUAUAUGCAUGAAUCCUUACUGUCAGAGCACCUUUAGAAGUGGGGACAGGAUCAAGUUUCAGUGAUCUUAGAUCAAGAAUGUUUCAUGGAGAAGAGAAGGAAAGAAGGAAGUUUUCAUUUACAUACCGAGAAAGGACUUUUAUCCAGUGGCA